AUGCCGAGCGCGUGGGAUUGUGGGAUGGGAGACCUGAAGUCACGACUUUUUGCUCGCGCCAAGUUCAUUCGAUGGCCAUCCAGUCUCUCUGCUGCGUCCUCGGCAUCUUCAAACACUGAAAAUGAACGACGAGCGGCGGACGUGAGCAAUAAGUCCACAGCCUUCCCUUCAGUGGAAGACGACUUGCCUCGCGCCCGGGAGCACCAUGCUACACCCGUAAUAGUGGACGGCGAGCCAACUAGAGCAGCUUCCAUCGGCGGUGCCGAGAGACUAAACCGACCACCGCGACAACCACAACCAUCUCCACCUCCGGCAGAGCCAGCAGCUGUCAGGACGCAGAUUCCUCAAUUGACAGUAGAAGAGGCCACACCAGAUACUCGCGACCACCAAGAGAACGGCUCGGGUCUCCCUUCAGCAGUGGAUACGGGGCUUCAACCCAACCACGAAAGUAGCCGCCAAGAAGGGGCCCCUUCUGCGUCGAUAGAUACUGCUGCCAUCUUGCUCAAUCCUGACCCAACCACCAUCACCAUCCAACGUUCCACGCAACCACAACGUCCGACCGAGCAAACGGUACGCAAGCAGUCGCUGGUUCCGCGAACGCAGACCAAGCUGAUUCGCACCUUGCUCGACGCCGAGCAGCCUCCCUCGUCGGCAACAACCCCUUUGGAUUAUUUCAGCGAGCGGCCCCCGACGAUCAACCCGGAUAUGAUUUCGCGAAAGAUUUGGGUCAGGCGCCCGCAGGCGUCGGCUACCAUGGUCACCAUCAAUGAGGAUGAUUUGGUGGACGAUGUGCGAGAUACCAUUUUGCGAAAAUAUGGAAAUUCGCUGGGGAGGACUUAUGACGCCCCAGAUGUGACCCUUCGCAUCACGGCUCGCGAACAGACACAACAGCUUCAACGGAGUCUCGAAAGAGUCUUGGGACCCGAGGAGCCGAUGGCUCAAACUUUGGACCUCUAUUAUCCCGGCGGACAAACCAUUGACGAGGCGCUCAUCAUCGAUGUUCCCCAGCGCCGUACGCCGAGACCAUCUCCGCGUCCGUGCAACGGAUCUUAUUACGGCGAAGACAUUCGGCCGAACGAAGCUGCGACUGAUUAUUUCCCUCCAAUGCCUCGCGUUCCGUCUCCACACCUUCCGACCACAGUCUCAAAUGUGAGCGGCCAGUCUGGAUCGCAUCAUGCACCCGUACACUCCAUUUCCAUCCUCAAUACUGGCCAGGUGCCAACGCUUCCUUCGCCGGGGAGUGCGCGCCGACAUCAUGGGCGACCGAAGAUGCCCCGUCAGGCCACCACCUCGCCGACCAUUCUCACCACGGCCUCGGCGAACUUGAACAACGGUACGGCCCCGCAUCCUCGCCAACAUCGUCCGAGGGUUAACUCCAACGCGUCAGAAACAAAACAGGGUCCUCCCGCACCGCCGCCGCUGCCUACUCCCCCCAAGGCUGACCCGCCGCAUGCCGCGACACCCCCAAUACCACGUGUAGCAUCUCCGAGACCGCAGAAGCUACCUAGACGGACCAAUCGAAAGUCUUCUGAACAACCACAGCUCCCGACGGGCAUCUUGGACAUUACUGUACCUCCCAUCAAUGUGCUCAUCGUUGAGGAUAAUAUGCUCAACUUAAAGUUGUUGGAAGCCUUUAUGAAGCGUCUACGCGUGCGAUGGCAGACGGCGAUGAACGGUCGAGAUGCUGUAACCAAGUGGCAGACGGGAGGGUUCCAUCUGGUGCUCAUGGAUAUUCAAUUGCCUAUCAUGAGUGGACUGGAAGCGACCAAGGAGAUUCGGCGGCUAGAGCGAGUGAAUGGCGUGGGUGUAUUCUCAUCCAGCGUUACGAGCAGCACUACACCGCAAACCAGCCCGAAGCAGGAGCCAGAAGACAAGGACAAAUUACCCAAUACGGAUCUCUUUAAAUCUCCGGUCAUCAUUGUCGCGUUGACCGCCUCAAGUUUGCAGAGUGACAGGCGUGCUGCCUUGGCCGCCGGGUGCAAUGACUUUUUGACCAAGCCUGUCAACUUUGUCUGGCUUGAGCGCAAAGUCAUGGAGUGGGGCUGCAUGCAAGCGCUCAUCGACUUUGACGGAUGGCGGAAGUGGAAGGACUUUGCUCCUUCGGCAGCGGCAGAGAAGCCAAAGGCAUCACGAAAGGAAAAGACACGAUCAAGCUCGACUUCGGUCACCACGUCUAGAGAUGAGCCUCAGACCGAUGGCGCUUCGAGCUAG